CGACUAUAGGUAUCUUACCUUUUCUCCCUCCCUCUUGUACCCAACCCUCUGUCACUCUUUCCCAAUCAUCAAUUUACCUUAUUCUUAACUCGCUUCUUUUUCUCGACACUUUCUGUCAAGGAUCACUCUCUUUAGUCCUUUUUACAACAAUCGUUUUUUGGCCACCGGCCUAUUCUAGUCGCUCUCUCAGAUACCUAUUUAAAAAAGACUACAUUGUGUCGAUCGCGAUAGUCUGCAACGGUGGAAAAUAAACGACCUUGGUAGAUAUUUAUUAGGAAACACCGAGAUCUACCAUCAACACUAGAAAAGAACUUCACCACGUCCAAGUUCUAACCACACCCAACCUAUAGGAAUUCACGUCUAACAAUGUUCGUGAAAUCCGCGCUCGUCGCCUUAGGCGGCGCAACCCUAGCGGCUGCUGUCACACCUCUCGAGGUUCAGGGCAGUCAGUUCGUAAACUCGAAGACCGGAGACGCAUUCCAAAUCGUCGGUAUGGCUUAUCAAAUUGGUGGAAGUGCCGGUUAUGAUCCAAGUCAUGGAAAGGAUCCUCUAUCUAACGGAGCUAUCUGCAAGCGUGAUGCCGCGCUCAUGCAAAAUUUGGGAGUGAACACAAUCCGAGUCUACAACUUGGACCCUAACCUAAACCACGACGAAUGCGCCAGUGUCUUCAAUGCUGCGGGCAUGUACAUGAUCAUCGAUGUCAACUCGCCCCUCGCUGGCGAGUCUCUCAACAGUGGUGCGCCUUGGGAGUCGUACUAUGCUGGUUACUUGAACCGAACCUUCGCUAUUGUCGAGUCCUUCAAGUCUUACCCCAACACUCUCGGAUUCUUCUCCGGUAACGAAGUCAUUAAUGAUGUCAAGACCGGCGCUACCGUCCCCCCUUACGUUCGUGCUGUCACCCGUGACCUCAAGAACUACAUCAAGAACCAUGCGGACCGCGCUAUUCCCGUUGGAUAUUCCGCCGCCGACGUCCGUGACGUCCUCGAGGAUACCUGGAACUACUUCCAGUGCGCCAUCGAUGGCGAUGCCAACGACAUGUCUCGAUCUGACAUGUUUGCCUUGAACAGCUACUCGUGGUGCGGUGAAAGCACCUUCCAGGAGUCCGGAUACGACCAGCUGGUUGCCUUGUUCAAGUCAACUUCCGUUCCCGUCUUCUACUCUGAGUUCGGUUGCAACACCCCCUCUCCCCGUGUUUUUACCGAGAUCGGCACCAUCUACGGUGAUCAGAUGACGGGAGUUUUCUCAGGUGGCGUCGUGUACGAAUACGCCCAGGAGAAGAACAACUAUGGUCUUGCUCAGUGCAACGACGAUGGAACCGUUGAGCUCCUUUCUGACUUUGCUACUCUCCAAAGCCAGUACAAGAAGGUUGACUUCACCAAGGUUCAAGCUGUCAAGGCUGUCAACUCUAAGGUUUCCGCUCCCGUGUGCAAGUCUAGCUUAAUCAAGGAGAAGGGAUUCUCUAACAACUUCACCCUCCCUGCUGUCCCCCCUGGAGCUCAGACCAUCAUUGACAACGGUGUCUCCCCUAAGCCCAGCGGCAAGAUCGUCUCUAUCAGCGAUUACUCUGUCACCCAAAGUGUUAAGGAUGCCAACGGCAAGGCUGUCUCGAAUCUUGCUGUCAAGCCCCUUGCUGAUGACGCCUCCAACACCCCCGGUACCACUAGCAGCAGCACUUCCUCCUCAAGCUCAUCCGGCUCUUCUACCUCCGGCAACGCUGCCCCCACACUGUCACCUCAGGGCGCCGCCUCUGCCGCAGCCAUGAUUAUCCCGGCGGUCGUCGCCUUGUGCUUCACCGCGGGUUUCACGCUGAUCUAGGCAAUCGGUUGAAUAGUCGUCUGAAUAAUGAAGUUUUGCCUUGUUUUUUCCACUAAGUAUAGAAGUGGGGUAUGACCGUGCUUUUUUGAUGUGUUGCUUUAUUCCCCCUCUUGUAAUUGUUUUUCGGACGUAGGCACAGGGAGGUUAGGGCUUCUUUGUAUCUUAGGUUACAUGUGCGCUUUUGUGCAGUACAUAAGAAGUCCAAUUUUGGUAUCUUUUUUGACAACGCUCUCUCCAGUUCCUUGUACAUACGCCAUCUGGUGAUUCGAACGAGUUGGGUGACAAGAUCUAUCAAAAGAGCCCCUGUGCCUGAGUUGAAAGCGGCGGAUAGAUGUUUUCGAUUCUAGAAUAUAAUGAAAAUAAAACUGGACAGUUGAAAAUUUAA